AGAAUAAAAUAAUUUGCAAGAAUAUUUAUAGCAACCCACUUCAGACCGCAGCCUAUAGCUUUAACACUCUCUCUCUCUAAAAUGGGAAAACAAAUCAACAUAGAGAGUAGUGUUACUCAUCAUCAAGACAAUAAUGUUUCCGAUAUAACAGCCUCGACCGUCGCCGCCACGAUUUCCUCCUCCGUGGUAACGGCUUCGUCAGAAUCUUGGUCUACAUCCAAAAGAUCGUUAGUGCAAGACAAUGGCGGCGGAGGAAAACGGCGGAAGAUCAGCAACGUCAGCGAUGAUAAUAAGAAUCCGACGUCGUAUAGAGGAGUGAGGAUGAGGAGUUGGGGGAAAUGGGUGUCGGAGAUUAGAGAGCCGAGGAAGAAAUCAAGAAUAUGGCUUGGCACUUAUCCAACGGCUGAGAUGGCAGCUCGUGCUCAUGAUGUGGCGGCUUUAGCUAUUAAAGGCAACUCCGGUUAUCUCAAUUUCCCUGAAUUAUCCGGUUUGCUUCCUCGUCCGGUUAGCUGCUCUCCUAAGGAUAUACAAGCUGCAGCUACCAAAGCCGCCGAAGCAACCACGUGGCAAAAACCGGUUAUCGAUGAGAAAUUAGUUGAACCGGAAGGUGAUGAGCUAAGCCACUCUGAAUUGUUGUCUACGGCUCAGUCUUCGACUUCGAGUAGUUUCGUGUUUUCUUCGGACACGUCGGAGACUUCUAGUACGGACAAGGAAAGCAACGAAGAGACGGUGUUUGAUUUGCCGGACCUUUUCACGGACGGACUGAUGAACCAAAACGAUGCGUUUUGUUUAUGCAACGGCACUUUUACGUGGCAGCUUUACGGAGAUCAGGAUGUAGGGUUUAGGUUUGAAGAGCCGUUUAGUUGGCAAAAUGACUAAACCACCCUCCACUUGCUUACUAGUUACUAACUACAUAUAAUUUUCUUGAUAAAGAACAUAUAUAUAA